AUAAAAAUAAUUCAGGUUUAGCUCCAAAUUUUGCAAUUCUUUUACGAAAUGCCAAUGCAAAUAUUUAAUCUCCUCAAUAACAUGCAAAUAGAGAAAUUUAACCAACUUUAUGGAUUUCUGUAUGAAAAGCAUCAGAUCUGUGUGUUCCAGUGAAAACAUGAAAUGAUCUGAUGUUUUGAAUGCUAGUGAUGUUUAUAUAUUCAAACAGAAAUAACACACGCUCAUGUAAUGGACAUAUGUCACAUUUUAUUAUUCUCUCUAACCACAAAUUAUAUUUGGAGCAUUUGACUUGGACAAUAAACUUUUUUGAAUAAUGUAAUUGUUCUAAAUCUGUUUAUUAAAUACCGGUUAGGCUCUUAAUUGAAUUACUAUUAUCAAUAAGUUUGCAGAUGAAUACAGUGAAAUCAAUAUUUCAGGUUUACAAUCAUGUAAUUUUCACAAAGUCGAAACUGAACAAUUUUGUUAACAAUAGAUACGAAUGCUAAUAAAUGAAUAAGCCUUCUAAACGCAUAUCAGAAGUGCUUUCAGUUGUACUUUAAAGUAAUGUCGUAUAUUAGAGUCCUUUUGUGUGCAUUUAAAGUCUUCAUGUGGUGUUUGUUUAAGUGUGCUUCUCCUUUAAAUGCGCGCUCCGAAGGGAGGGGGGUGAAGCGCUGUCGUGAACGCGCUCGCAGAGGAAUCCCGGAUCCUGGAGUCGGACCUUCAGCCACGUCACACACCUCAGUGAGAGAGAGAGAGAGAGAGAGAGAGAGAGAGAGAGAGAGAGCUGCAGAGAAACAUAACACAUAUGAUUUUCUAACAUUAUAAUUAUGAUGUGAAAUGACAGACGUGCAGAUUUAAUAUCGAUUGUGUGAACGUGACGCGCAUGCGCUGCACAGCAAACAUCUGAUCUGAUCUGAGAACAGCUGCACAACUCUUCUGAUUCAUCUUCUGUUGUUUUUAUUUGGAUUAUUCAUCGAUAAAAUGAACAUCUUCCGUCUGUCAGGAGAUGUUUGUCAUCUGGUGGCGAUUAUUAUUCUCUUCCUGAAGAUCUGGAAAUCCAAAUCAUGCGCAGGUAUAUCAGGGAAGUCUCAAGUGUUGUUUGCUGUGGUCUUCACCACCAGAUACCUGGACCUGUUCACCUCCUUCAUCUCCCUCUAUAACACUGUCAUGAAGGUGGUGUAUUUGGCUUUGGCGUAUGCCACCGUCAGUCUGAUCUACUUGCGCUUCAGGAGCACGUUUGACUCUGAGAGCGACUCGUUCAGGGUGGAGUUUCUUCUGGUUCCUGUAGCCGGUCUGUCAUUCCUGGAGAACUACGCCUUCACUCCUCUGGAGAUUCUGUGGACGUUCUCCAUCUAUCUGGAGUCUGUGGCGAUUCUUCCUCAGUUGUUCAUGAUCACAAAGACGGGUGAAGCCGCGUCCAUCACCACACACUAUCUGUUCUUUCUGGGUCUGUAUCGAGCGCUUUAUCUGGGGAACUGGCUGUGGCGUUAUCACGUGGAGGAAUUCUUCGAUCAGAUCGCUGUGGUGUCCGGUGUGGUUCAGACCAUCUUCUACUGUGAUUUCUUCUAUCUGUACUUCACCAGAGUGAUCAGAGGAAGUGGAAAGAUGUCUCUGCCAAUGCCAGUGUGAGAUUUUGGAGCAGACUGUUAGGCCACACCUCCAUCAUGACAUCACCGCCCGCCGCUGUCUUCCUCUAUGAUGAUGUUUUGUUGUAGUGGGAUUGUGCCUUAUGUGACCGGACGACUGCUGGACGCACAUUUUACACGUCUGAUGCCUUAAUCUUUAGAUUCAUGAAGACUAUGUGUGUGUCUGUUUGUGUGUGUCUGUGUGAGUGUCUGUCUGUGCAUGUGUGUCUUUGUGAGGGUCUGUGUGUGUGAGAGAGGUUCUGUUUUUGUGUGUGUGCAUGUGUCUGUCAGUGUGUGUGUGUGUGUGUGUGUGGGUCUGCGUGUGUGUGUUGUGUCUGUCAGUGUGUGUGUGUGUGGGUCUGCGCGUGUGUGUGUUGUGUCUGUCAGUGUGUGUGUGUGUGUGUGUGUGGGUCUGCGUGUGUGUGUUGUGUCUGUCAGUGUGUGUGUGUGUGGGUCUGCGCGUGUGUGUGUUGUGUCUGUCAGUGUGUGUGUGUGUGUGUGUGUGUGUGUGUGGGUCUGCGUGUGUGUGUGUGUUGUGUCUGUCAGUGUGUGUGUGUGUGUGGGUCUGCGCGUGUGUGUGUAGUGUCUGUCAGUGUGUGUGUGUGUGGAUCUGCGUGUGUCUGUUUGUAUGCGUGUGUGUGUGUGCGCCCACGCGUGUAUGUCUUUUUGUCUGUCUGUUUGUGUGAUAUGUGAUGUGUGAAACACUUCUCAUGUUGUUGUAUUACACUUUUUCUUGGUGUUUUUCAGUAGUUCAUGUGUGAUUUUCUCAUGAUGUGUUUUGUGGGUCUGGCAAUAUUGUAUUUGAGUCAUUUUUUUAAAGAAUCUGAUUAAAGUCUCAUUUUAACAAAGUGAGUUUUAUAAAACAUGUCAAUAAAGAGAGAGAUUGUGACGUC